AUGGGUUUGAGUCUGUGUCACGGUCUGGGUCUGGGUCAUGUUCUGGGUCUGGUUCAUUUUCUAGGUCUGGGUCUGGGUCAUGGUCUGGGUCACAGUCUGGGUCUGGGUCACGGUCUGGGUCACGGUCUGGGUCUGGUCUGGAUCUGGAUCUGGAUCUGGGUCAUGGUCUUAGUCUAUGCCAUUAUUCCUACUGAUGUGCCAUUUGCUGUUGCCGAUGACUGUCUGAUUGAGAAAGCUGCCUUCUGUCUGAAGCGACAGUUCAUCUCCACAAUUUUCCGCUCUUCAAUAACCCUGGACGACAAAGAGGACCUCUGCAGUAAGCGUGAAGCCACGAAGCACUGCGUGGACCAGGCGACCGCCAAGUGUCCCGACAAGACCAAGAGCUACAUGAAGACUCUGCUCUCUCUGUCACAGACUCUUGUUGAGGAGAGCGGCGUGUGUGAAGACCCGGCCAUGUGCAUCGCAGAGGAAACGUACGGUUGUCUUAACAACCUCGGGGUGGCCAUUUCCACCUACGAAGUGGACAAAAAAUUGCCAAAUCUCUGCAGAACCUACUUGAAAAUGGAGAAGUGUUUUGCCCAGUUCAGCCCUAAAUGCACCGGUGCCAAGAAGGCACGACUCGACAAAAUGAGAGUGACGUUGAUCGGCUUGAUGGAGCCGGGAAUCUGCGACAACUUUGUCGACACCGAGGUGCCGCUAUGUCCGGAUAUCCCCGAGGAGGAACGCAAGUGUGAUCUGUUCGAGGCUUUCGCCUGUCUACUGGAGUUCAACACAGAUCUGCUGAGUGCGCCAUCUGUCAUCUUCCUGGACAAAUGCAUACAACUGCAGAAGGUGUUGAGAUGUGUCCAGGCAAACGUUGCCGCGUGUAAAGAAAAGGAAGCGUACACCGUGAUCGACAGCCUGUCCAAGAUGAAGAAGCGGGCGGGGCUUGUCGGCUGCAAAUGGCUGCAGACAGAGAUGUGUGCCAAGACGGAGAUGUGUCCAGUGGUGGACGCCACGUGUAUAUCAGACUUCCAAGACAGUCUGGUCAACGAGCCAGAGACAGACAUUUGUAGUCUGAUACGAAUAGCCAAGAAGUGCAUCUCGGACAAUACGGUCACCUGCCUGGACUAUUACAAAGACAGAGCCACGCACCUUCUCGAUCUGGCCAUCAACAAACUUGGUAUGCCUGUCCGGUGCGACGAUGUCAAUUUCGACCCCUGUCUGGAGUCUUUCAAAGCGCACGUGACGAAUCUGCUCUCAAAGUAUGCCACACAUGAUACCGUAAGCAAGGCUUUGAUUUGUACGCAGAUCGUCACCAAGUGGUCGUGCAUUAGUUCCAAGAUAAAUGGAAUGCAGUUUGCUGGAAGUUAUUCCACCAUCAUCAGCAGUAUCUUGACGAAGGUGAACGAUGUUGUUAUUCAUAUGUGUCUACCUGAUACAUCUGACCCAGCCUGCGGUCUCAGCAAAGACAUCGACAGUGUACUGCACUUUGUCACCUGGCUAACAUCGGCAAAGAACAUUGAGAAAAGUGAAUUUUGCAGCAUUUUGCCAAUUGUCUACAACCAACUGGCAAGCAGCACGUGCACGGUAGUACAACCGAUACACAACGAACUGACGGCCGUUUAUCAACAGGUCUGCAAGGUAGAGAUAGUGUGUGCCGACUUGAAGUCUGCAGCGGAACUCUGUAUUACACAGUUAUCGGCUCUGAGUGAAGGCCAGUGCAGCAAAAUGCCGAAGUGUGAGACUGCAUUGGCCGAGGUGUACGGUCACUGUGAUGCUGCAUCUGAUGGUGAUCCCAUUCUAGUAUCGUACAAGGCUGCUGUGGCACCUUUGUCUUCUAAGUGUCAGCGAUUCCCACAGUUCAAGCUGUUGAAUUCCCAGCAACAGCCGGUCUAUCUUGCAGAAGGCAGACUAUCGACAACCUUGUCACUUGAACUGAUUGAAGCACCAGCAGCUGGGAACAUCCCGAGUGAAGUGGAUUUUAAAACUACUAUCCAUGUCCGGACAGAAGUUGUGAACAAUCCUCUAACUGUUCCAAAAUGUGCCGAUGACACAGAGAUUUCCCAAGUUGUGGUGGUGUCUCAAUGCAAGACUGUCUUGGAACCCCCUGUCACGGGUGACUGGACUCCACGGUUGGUUGACGUAUCUCUUCACGCUCGGGUGGAUGGCAAACAAGAUGGCCGCCAGGAGGUCACGGUCAAAAUAUUGGCAGAUAAGUUCAUCGAGAGAGAAGGCAAAAUGGCUUUGGCUGGAACACAGCUCAUUGCUUCUUAUGAGGUUGUGGUUAUGGAUCGUGAUGUGAAGAAUGCAUUGUGCUCAUCAAUCAACGAUCCUCACAUAAAGACGUUUGAUGGCGUUACGUUCCACAACAUGAAGGAAGGAACAUUCAACUUAUACACAAACAAGGAAUCCAACAUCGCAGUUCACGUCACCUAUCAGCAGUGUGCCGAGGCUGGAACGUGCAACUGCCGUGUCCUGAUUCGUGCCGACAAUGAUGUGGUUGACCUGAACCGGUGUAAGACAGCGGCGAACGUGAACAGCCACAGACCCGUGCUGCUGGACGUGAAAAUCCACAGGAAGGAUGUCUUCACAGCGGGGAUCAAGAUCUACAACUCUGCAGACAUGAGGACGUUCCACAUUGUAUUUUGGACGGGAACUAUUGUGAAAGUGAAAGCUGGAGCCAGGUACCUCAAUGCUUGGAUAAUGCCAUCGGUGAACGAUAUAAGAGCCACAAAAGGUUUGUGCGGGAUGUUUGACGGGAAUGUGUACAAUGACUUCUACCUGCCCAACGGAGAUCGUUACACCAUCAAGAUGAGCGACAGACCUGAUGGCGCUCUUACACCAGAUGACUUCUCGGAGGCUUGGCGUAUCAUGAAGAACUCGGUAGAGGAUAUGAGUAAUGGAGUCCAGUUUGCCGGUGCAGAUCACAAUCUCCCAGAAGUCUGUGACUGUGGUGAUGGCUGCAGUGCCAUGACGAUGGUUGCCACGUGUGGACUUGUUAAAGCUGGAUCCACUGACAUAACCAGUGAGCUAGUUGUGAAGAGUCUGGUAAACGAACCAAUCGGUGCGAGGCGGCGCAGAAGAGCAGUUCCGUCGACUGCUAAUGACCCACUUGUGGAUGAAACCAAAGUACCACAGAAAGCUGGCUGGCCGACGAAGGACGGGUUCACUAUAGAGAGUGCCAGAGCAUUGUGUGAGUUGUACGUGGGCAACUCCACCAUAUCGCAGAAGUGUGGACAGGCGAUGGAAGUGACCGGGACAGUCCAAGACUUGACCAAGUCCAUAGAGUACUGCAUGGAGGACAUCAGGGUUGCAGGAGGACCGAUGUUUCUCGAGGAGACGCUGGACGAUCUAAUGGAGGAAUGCAUCACCAACAUCGACCAGGACCCAACGUUCCAGACCAACCAGCAAGCCAAGAUGGUCGCCAAGGAAGUGAAAGAUCUCUCGUGCAAUCCAGUCGACUGCAGCGGGAAUGGGCAGUGUGUAGAAGGAUCGUGUGUGUGUACUGCUGACUAUGUUGGUGCGGAUUGCUCUAUCCUACGAGCCGACCUCCAGCCCCCGACCAUCACAAGUCUGGAGAACGACGGAGUGUGUGAGUUCCGUGAUUCUCUCAACUGCUCGGACAUCUUCAUUAAUGGCCAGAACUUCGUGCAAUCGGAACUUCUCAUGUGUCACAUUCAAAUAGUGGAGGUUGGUCAAACGAGCUAUGAAGAAAUAGAUCAACAAAUGGUUCUCACUCAGGCGACAGUGCUCACCGAAACUCAGAUCAGGUGCUCAAUAACCCACGUUGGAAAGAUCAAGCACGCCGUCAUGAUCUCCGUUAGCAACGACGCCAGAUCACCUAGCAACAGGAAGCUGUUCAUUGCCUUCGAUCCAGUGUGUCACGAUUGUGAUGCAGUAUCUGCGACCUGCACAAAAAUGAGCAAUAUUUGCGAGAUUGGCACCAACUGUUACGCUGCUGGUCACUCAUCAACAACAGAUCGCUGUCUCUUCUGUCAACCAGACGAAAACAAGAAUGAUUGGACGUACAGCCAGAGUUCUGACUGUGAGGUUAGACGACAGAGGACCGGCAUGGAUGGCAUUGGUUCCACAGUGAUAGUGAUCAUAGGAGUGGUCACAUCACUCAUCACACUGGUCAUCCUAGCCAUCAUCAUCAAGAUCCUCGUAAACAUAAGUUCCAAAGUUGCACUAAAUAAAACAAAAAUGUUGCUGUUAUAA